CCUCGCAUCACAAACAAACCUUCACCAUCACAACCUCAGGGGAUUUUCUUUUCAGAAACACACAACAAAAUAUUUACAACGCCUUAUGGGACUCCUUCCAUUCACGUUAAUUCCUCAAGGGCAGCUGCUCAAUACCGCUUGAGUCCCAUAUAGUGGGAUGGCGUGCCAAACAGCGCCAGAUGCCUUCGCGCAACUACCACAUGAAGUGCUCUGCAUGAUUGUCGAUCACCUCAACAGCGCAUCACUCAAUGCACUCAUACAAACCUGCCGCUACCAAUUUGAGUCGUUCCACGCCACACUCUACAGAAACAGCAUUGAUCGCAAAGGCUUCUCCCCUAGUUUGCUUUAUGCAGUGCUCACAGGCGCGCCGACAACUGCCCAGCAUGCUCUUGAUGCCGGUGUUAACCCCGGCAUUGUUUAUACCUCUCUGCAGAUCAAUAGGAGUUGGAAGAGGCUUUUGAAGGACCAAAGACAACUACUAUGCCGACUACAGACUCCUCUAAUAAUCGCUACCACUCUCGGGUACCGCGAGGUUGUGGAUGUCUUAUUGCAAAAGUCAGAGUCCUACAUGCCAGGGGUAUCUUUAGUUGAACUUGGUGGAUGCUCGCCAGCAUAUUACACCAUGCUACAGGCCGUUCGCUAUGGCCGCUUGACAAUAUUGAAAGAUCUGAUUCGGUUACCAGUCUUCAAUCUUGACGAAACAGACGAGGGUGGAACUAAUUUACUCAACGCCAUCUGCUGUCCAUUUGACGGUAUACGUGAAAUGGACAACAAAGAUAUUGUCGAAUUCUUAUUAGAAAAUCUUACAGAACCAGAUAGAGUGGGAGCGCAAGAUCAGACAGCCCUUGACGCGGCUGUAAUCACGGGACUAAUACCGACUGUACGGUUGCUUGUCGACUCUGGCAAGUUUAAACUGAAUCGUCAGAACGUCCGCGGCAGAACUGCAUUUUAUCUCGCAGUAGAGUUUGGCAAUGAAGAAUGUAUAACGCUGCUCCUCAACAGACCUGAUAUUGACCCCAAUAUCCCAGAUAGGGAUGGACAUUCUCCUAUCGUACAGGCACUCCAGCACAAUCGGACAGCCGUUGCAGAGCUUCUUAUGGCGUCGGCAAAGGUACAGUUCCAGGCUGCUGAACUGUUUGCUAUAGCAUGCAUGAAUCGACAGGACAAAAUUGCGCGCCGUCUGCUUUCGUCAUCUGAGAUUAGUAAGGCACCUGAUGAGACUGGCAAGACGUGGCUUCACAUUGCAGCGGAGAAGAACAGUCCCACAGGCAUGACGGACUUGUUAAAGCGAAAAGAUAUGCCUCUCAAUGCCCGUUGCGCCGAUGGGAUGACUGCCAUUGCAUACUCCGUCUCUACGAGAAGUGUAGCAGCCACAAAUAGGCUACUGAAAAAUAAGCCUCCUGCAGACGUCACUAUUGCCAACAACAUGGGCUGGACACCGCUGCAUUUUGCUUGUCGCGAGACGCAAGCCCCCCCACUGAUUGAAAAGCUUCUCUCUUGCUCUGCCAGUGUCAAUGCUGCAACAGUAGAUGGAUUGACACCCUUGCAUGUUGCCUGCGAAAAAGGUUCACUGAAAGUUGUUCAAGUGCUUCUUGAAGCAGGAGCAGAUGCUGUUGCCGAAGCAAAGGACGGCAGAACUCCAUUGCAUGUCGCAUGCGCCUUCAGGUUCGAACAAAUUGUGAACCUUCUCUGCAAAUAUGUGCCAAAGAAUCACCGGAGCCUCCGGCAGGGACGAACACCGCUUCAUGUUGCAUGCGAAGUAGGACAUACUGAAAUCUCCAAGCAUCUCUUGCAAUUGGGUGCAGACGCUUGCCUGCGUGACCCUACUACAGGCAAGACACCUCUCACUACAGCCUGCAAAGGCGGGUAUCCAAUAAUUGUCGAUGAGCUGAUUAAGCGAAAAGCCAAUCCAAACGAGAUUGACGACAGCGGCUUGUCACUGUUGCACAAGUCAUGCACACGCUCCCAUCCUAUGACUGCAACGAAAUUGAUCAAGCGUGGGGCAGAUCUCCAUGCAAAAACACCAGAUGGUCUGUCGCCAUUACACCUUGCUUGUAUGGUUGGUGCACCCAUGAUACUACGCUCGAUGCUUAAGCACGGCGCGGACGUUAAUGUCAUUGGCCCGGAUGGUCUUACACCCCUACUUGUCGCAGCAGGACCUGUCCAGGCUGAGUACCCAGAAAUGAACAUCGAAAUAUUGGUAAAAGCUGGUGCGGAACUUGAGGUGGUAGGGCCUGACGGCAAACGUCCUCUUCAGCUAGCUAGUGAAGAGGGUAGGGUCGCUAAGAUUAAAGCUCUCGUCUUGGCCGGGGCUGAUCCGUUGGCGACAGUCCAAGACAAGCCAUGUCAACGUAACACGCCGCUGCAAGCCAUGUGCUACUUUACUGCAUUUCCAGAGACAUUUGAAGAGAUGCUUGAGCAUUGCAAGCGCCCUGUAAAGGAAGCUUUCCCAUCAGGGUGGUCCGCUCUUCAUGACGCUGCGGCUGCGUGCAAUAGCCACGCCGUAAAGCUACUCCUCGAACAUGGCCUCGAACCCCAGGCUCUCACAGAGGUUGAAGUUGUCAAGCUGCUGAUUAAAUAUAAUGCAAAUGUCAAUCACAAAGCAGACACAGGACGCACGGUGUUAUGGGAGGCAAUCUGUAACAAUGCUGACCAAGAAGUACAACAAGUACUGCGGAACCACGGGGCUAUCUCAUAACAUCAUAUUACCAACAUGUACAUACUAUCUACCCGUAUAAUAUAAACUUUACUUUACUUAGAGGUUGAUAGUGAACGGCCCGUUGAGGUCUUGUUGAACAGUGGUUGCGGACUUGGCAGCUCUUUGUCCCCCACCAAGAAGAAUUACCUGGACAAUCUUGCUGUCUGUCUUGUAGUUGAACUUUCCAGUCGCUGUGAGCUUGUUGCCAUCGUACUCAAAGUUGAACACCGUGCUCUGUGCAUUCAAACUCUCACCAUCAUCCAGGUACAAGGAACCAGAGGCCUUGUUGUUCUCAUCUGGGGCAAUCACGAUCUCAAAGUUCUCCUUGGCCAAGUCAGUCGUCGUCAUGGCCGACUUGACACGCUGAGGAACAACGGUGCCGCCACGGAUGAACAAUGGGAUAUCUGAGGUGGUCUGGUCCUUCAUAGUGAUAGUCUGGCCCUUGGACACGAUGCGCUCUUUGGUGUGGUAGUCAUAGAAUGUGCCAGCAGGCAGGUAAACAUCCACAGAUGUUGCGCCCUCAGCCGUCACAGGGGCGACCAGAAUCGCAGGACCAAAGAAGUACUGGUAAUCAAGGCCGUACGUCUUGGGAUCGGUGGGGUACAGGUAGAACAUGGGGUUAAUGGCAGGUGUGCCAUCGGUGCUCUGCCGCAUCAUGGCCGUGUAGAAGUAGUCCAGCAGCCUGUAGCGGAUAUCAAUGGCCUUCUUGGCAGCCUUAGUGACGCUCUCCCAGCGGUAAAACUCUUGCGAGAUCUGGCCCUCGGCGUUGUGGUUUCGGUAGAAGGGCUGGAAAGCACCGAGCAUGGCCCAGCGAGCGCAGAGCUCCUCGGUCGUGUCUGAGCCGAAGCCGCACACGUCCGAGCCAACCAUGGGCACCUGGAAGACGGAAGCAAAGGCUAGCAUGCCGCGGAUAGACCACAGGUAGUGUGGCCAGUCGGAGUUGUUGUCACCCAGCCAGUGCGAGACGUGGGAGCCAGCACCGGCAAAGGUUGCGCGGGUGAUGACGAGGGGACGCUUUCCGGGGCGGCGGGCAAGCAUGGCCUCGCGCGAAAAGGACGACAUCAUGGUGCCGUAGAGGUUGUGAGUAUCGAGCUGCGUGAGGCCGUUGUGGUGGAUCAGAUCCGUGCGGAUCGUCUUGGCCGACAGAAUGCCCUGCACGUUCUUAAUGGCGUAGGGAGGGUUGAGGAGAUCGCGGCCAGGGUAUCCCUUCCAGCGGGUGUCAUCUGCAUUGCGGGCAUGGAUGUUCUCAAUCUCCUUGGCUUCAGGCGCGGGUGCAGGAGAUCGAAGCUCGACAGUGCUGCGCUUGCAGUCGGUGCCAGGAGGCUGGAAGUCGCAAGACCAUCCGGGGAGAGGACGAGGGGGCGUUCUCGUAGGAGGGGGAACAGGAGGCAGGCCCUUUGCAGCGGAGACGGGGUCGUCACAGGGGAAUGCGCAGAAGUUGGCAGGCUCAUUCAUGUCAAUCCAGAGGAAAUCAAUAUCCACACCGUUCUCCUUGGAGAAGAAGUUGGCAAACUCGUUGUUCCAGAACUUGGUGGCAUUGGGGGCAAACCAAUCGGGGAACGCAGUCACACCGGGCCACACAACAGCGUGGAAAGUCUCCCCAUUGCGACGGAUAAAGGCAUCAUCAUCCAGACCGCGGUGGUAGGGAGGGUAAUCAGCCGCCGCGGUAGCAGGGUCAACCAUGAGGGUGAAGUGCUGGUUAUUGGCGUGGAGGUGGUCGGCAAUCUCGCGCAUCAUCUUCAUGGGGAAGCGGUCAGGGUCGACAGAGAAGAUCUUACGGCCAUCCAUGUAGUCGAUAUCCGCCCACAUGGUCUCGAGAGGAAUACCAGCAGCGCUGUAGUUGGAGAUGACCUCGGCAAGGUUAUACGCAUCCUGGUAUCCCCAGCGGCAGUUGUGGAAACCCAGACUAGCAUACGGAAUGGUCACAGCAAGGCCCGUAACAUCAGAGUACUGUCUGCUGACGUCAAUGGGCGACGGGCCAGCAAAGAAGUAAAAGUCAAGAACACCGCCAAGCACAUUGUACUCGAGGUACUGCUUUGCAGCGUCGUCCUUGUCAAUGAAGACGUCCAUGCCACCCGAGUUGAGCAAGAAGACGCCAUGGGACCCAGUAGGUCGGUGCUCAAUGUAGAUGGGGUGGCUGCCAUAGAGGUUCUGGCCCUGGGGUAGACCGGGAGCAUCGGCAUUGAAGAUUGUGCGGUGGUAGUUGUCCGUCUUGAGGCGGAAGUCGUCGGUGUGCUCGCCGAGGCCGUAGAGGUUAGUGUCUGUGGGCAGGCUGGUGCGCAGACGGAGAUACUGGUCUUCAAAGACAAGUCCUGCAGCAGAGGAGUCGAAGAUGGUUUCGUUGCCGUCCUUGCGGAAGAUGCGAAAGGAGAAGGGCUCCUCGGUGAUGUCGAAUUGCAGGUUGGCCUUUUUGCGUGAGACGGGCUUGCGCUUGGGCCGGGGGAAGACGGACUCGGGAACCUG